AAAAUGGCUGCCAAUACCACCUCUCUGGAAAGCCUGUAUGAAGAUUACGAGGACUAUCUUGACUUAGAGGAGAAUGCAGGCCUCCGCAACUUGAUGCAUAUACUCUCCAUGGUGAUCUACAGCAUCGCCUUCUUGUUAGGGGUGGCUGGGAACAGCCUGGUCAUUUUUAUCACGGGUUUCCACAUGAAGAGGACCGUGAAUGCUGUCUGGUUCCUCAACUUGGCCAUUGCUGACCUGGUCUUUACUUCCUUCCUCCCGUUGAGCGUGGCUUACAUAGCCCUGGGCUUCCAUUGGCCCUUUGGGAAGCUGCUGUGUAAACUCAUCAGCACAGUGGCCUUCCUCAACAUGUUUGCCAGCGUCUUCCUCCUCACCGUCAUCAGCAUGGACCGCUGUGUCUCUGUCACAUGUCCCGUCUGGGCCCAGAACCAUCGGACACCUCGACUGGCUUCUCUGGUGGCCCUGGGUAUUUGGAUAGCUGCCUUGGCCCUCAGUUGUCCCUAUUUUGUCUUCCGGGAUCUGAGAAGUUCUCCUGUGGAGGAGAACACCACUCACUGUUACAACAACUUUGCCUUAUCGGAAAGUUUCCAGUCAGAGGAGAUGGUUAAACUGGGAGAAUACCGUGCUCAAGCUUUGGUGUUGACCCGUUUUGUGGCUGGGUUCUUGGUGCCGUUUGUUAUCAUUCUUUGUUGUUACGGCAUUAUCACGGUCAGGCUGAAGGGGACUCGGCUCACCCGCUCGAAUAGGCCCUUCAAGAUCAUGGUGGCCGUGGUCAUGGCCUUCUUCAUCUGCUGGUUCCCUUAUCAUGUCUUUUCCUUCAUGGAGGUGUCAGCUGCCAGGCUGACCCCCGGACUACAGGCCUUUCUGGUGGUGGGAAUACCCUUGGCUUCCAGCCUGGCUUAUCUCAACAGCUGCCUGAACCCUUUCCUGUAUGUCUUUGUGGGGCAGGACUUCCGGGAGAAGCUACGGACGUCCAUUUUGGCUGCUCUUGAGAGCGCCUUCAGUGAGACCACAGGGCAGACCUUAACCAAGAGCAAAUCCAGCGUGGAGGUAGAGUGUCACACCCUUUGA